GCCGCCGAGCGCUGAUUGGCCGCAGCGAACGCAUUUAUUGCCUGACAAGCCCCCAUCACAUGGAUGGUUGUCUAUUAACUUGUUCAAAAAAGUAUCAGGAGUUGUCAAGGCAGAGAGAGAGAGUGUGUGUGUUUGCAAAAGGGGGUAAAGUAGUUUGCUGGCUCUUUAAGACCGAGGUGGAGAGAGAGAGAGAGAGGGAGAGAGAGAGAGAGAGAGAGAGAGCGGCAGGCAGAGAAAAGGGAAAAAGGAGGAAGAAGUUUUUUAAAAUCAAGACUCCGGCGGUAAUAAUAGCAGUUAUUAGCAUUAUUAAUCCAUCAGCGAAGAAGAAGAUCCUGAUCUUGAUCCAAGUGUGGUUUUGGGGAGUCCCCCUCCCCCCUUUCCUACCCCUCCCUAGGAAAAAAAAAAAAAAGUCCGGCUUGGGACUCCGCUGCGGCUGCUCCUCGUUUCUCUGCUCAAGGCUGGUUCCAGCAAAAGUAGUUUGAAUGUACAACAUGAUGGAAACCGAGCUGAAACCUCCCGCCCCCCAGCAAACUUCGGGGGGAGGCACAGGCAACUCCAACUCGGCCGCCAACAACCAGAAGAACAGCCCGGACCGGGUCAAGCGCCCGAUGAACGCGUUCAUGGUGUGGUCCCGCGGGCAGCGGCGGAAAAUGGCCCAGGAGAACCCGAAGAUGCACAACUCCGAGAUCAGCAAGCGGCUCGGGGCCGAGUGGAAACUUUUAUCCGAGGCGGAAAAGAGACCCUUCAUUGAUGAAGCCAAGCGGCUCAGAGCUCUGCACAUGAAGGAGCACCCGGAUUAUAAAUACCGACCCCGGAGGAAAACCAAGACCCUCAUGAAGAAGGAUAAGUACACGUUGCCGGGGGGCUUACUGGCACCGGGCACCAAUACCAUGACGACUGGGGUCGGGGUUGGGGCCACCUUGGGAGCUGGGGUGAACCAGAGGAUGGACAGUUACGCGCACAUGAACGGCUGGACCAACGGAGGCUAUGGGAUGAUGCAAGAGCAGCUCGGCUACCCGCAGCACCCGGGCUUGAACGCGCACAACGCGGCGCAGAUGCAGCCCAUGCACCGCUACGACGUGAGCGCCCUGCAGUACAACUCCAUGACCAGCUCGCAGACUUACAUGAACGGAUCGCCCACCUACAGCAUGUCCUACUCCCAGCAAGGGACCCCGGGCAUGGCCCUGGGCUCCAUGGGCUCGGUGGUCAAGACGGAAUCCAGCUCCAGUCCCCCCGUAGUCACUUCCUCGUCUCAUUCAAGGGCUCCUUGCCAAGCUGGGGACCUUCGGGACAUGAUCAGCAUGUAUCUACCAGGUGCUGAAGUACCAGAACCAGCUGCCCCAAGCAGACUUCAUAUGUCCCAACACUACCAGAGUGCACCUGUUCCUGGCACAGCCAUUAAUGGCACACUCCCUCUAUCACAUAUGUAAGACAAAGGGGCCGGGGGGGUGGGAGGGGAGGGAAAGGAAAACUAAACAAAACAAACAACAAAAAAACUUUUAUUAGAAAUUCUGGACUUUUUUUUUUUUUGGACUAUUUUUGUACAGAGAAAACUCCGGAAGGGGGGUGGGGGUGGGGUUUGGGGUGGGGGGGGUCAGAAAUUAAACCGACAAGGAACUUGUAUAGAUCUCGGAGGGGAAGCAACUACACAAAACUUUUAAAAAGUUCUAGUUAAAACGGUAGGAACUUUGCAGAAAGUUUGCAAAAGUCUUUACCAAUAAUAUUUAGAGCUAGACUCAAAGAGCGAAGAGGAAGAUGUUUUAAUAUUUGCAGGCAACUUUUGUACAGUAUUUAUCAAAAGACACAUGGCAAUCAGAAUGUCCAUUGGCAAUAGAAAGAGAAGAAAAAAACACAAGCUCGAGAAUUUGCCAAUUAUUUUUAAAAAUUAGAGUCUUCUUGGACCAUUGUGGUUGUGGCAGCUGAAUUUAUAGUAGCUGCGAGAGGAGAGGAAAUUAUUUUACGGCAUUUGGACAUUUAAAUUGUUUUAGAAAUUGUACAAAAGAUAAAAAGAGGUAGGAUGAGUACUUGCGAACCAUGGGCUUGGUUUGCUGGAUAAGGGCAAACGUUUAGAUUGUACUAAAUUUUUUCUUUCUUUUUUUUUUUUUUUUUUUUACUUCUUGUUAAAAAGCAAAAAUUGCCAUGCAGGUUCACACGCCGUUUGUUAAUUUAUAAUAACUUUUUGUUUCCAGACUUCAUCCUGUUCAAAGGAAAAAAAAAAAAAAAAAAGGAAAAUUACCAACCUGAAAUUACUGUGUUUGAAAUAUUUUCUUAUGGUUUGUAAUAUUUCUGUAAAUUUAUUGUGAUGAUAUUUUAAGUUCUUUUUUUUUUUUCUCCUCAUUUUCCGUAGUUGUAUUUUAAAGAUUCGGCUCUGUAUUAUUUGAAAUCAGUCUGCCGACAGUCCAUGUAUAUAUUUGAACUAAUACCAUCCUUAUAACAGGUACAUAUUCAAGUUAAGUUUUUACUCCAUUAUGCACAGUUUGAGAUAAAUAAAUUUUUGACAUAUGGACACUGAA